AUGUGGGGCCUGGUGAGGCUCCUGCUGGCUUGGCUGGGUGGCUGGGGCUGCAUGGGGCGCCUGGCAGCCCCAGCCCGGGCUUGGGCAGGGUCCCGGGGGGCCCCAGAACCAUCACUGCUUCGGACCCGAAGGAGCUGGGUGUGGAACCAAUUCUUUGUCAUUGAGGAGUACGCUGGACCAGAGCCUGUCCUUAUUGGCAAGCUGCACUCAGAUGUGGACAGGGGCGAGGGCCGCACCAAGUACCUGCUGAGCGGAGAGGGCGCAGGCACCGUAUUUGUGAUUGAUGAGGCCACAGGCAAUAUCCACGUCACCAAGAGCCUGGACCGGGAGGAGAAGGCACAGUACGUGCUACUGGCCCAAGCCGUGGACCGAGCCUCCAACCGACCCCUGGAGCCCCCAUCGGAGUUCAUUAUCAAGGUGCAAGACAUCAACGACAACCCACCCAUCUUUCCCCUCGGGCCCUACCAUGCCACAGUGCCCGAGAUGUCCAAUGUGGGGACAUCAGUGAUCCAAGUGACUGCUCACGACGCCGAUGACCCCAGCUAUGGGAACAGCGCCAAGCUGGUGUACACUGUGUUGGAUGGACUGCCUUUCUUCUCUGUGGACCCCCAGACUGGAGUGGUGCGGACCGCCAUCCCCAACAUGGACCGGGAGACACAGGAGGAGUUCUUAGUGGUGAUUCAAGCCAAGGACAUGGGCGGCCACAUGGGGGGGCUGUCGGGCAGCACCACGGUGACGGUCACCCUCAGCGAUGUCAACGACAACCCCCCCAAGUUCCCUCAGAGCCUGUACCAGUUCUCUGUGGUGGAGACCGCUGGGCCAGGCACCCUGGUGGGCCGGUUACGGGCCCAGGACCCAGACCUGGGGGACAACGCCCUCAUGGCUUACAGCAUUCUUGACGGGGAGGGAUCGGAGGCCUUCAGCAUCAGCACAGACUCCCAGGGUCGAGAUGGGCUCCUCACUGUCCGCAAGCCCCUAGACUUUGAGACCCGUCGCGCCUACUCUUUCCGCGUGGAGGCUACCAAUACGCUCAUUGACCCAGCCUAUCUGCGGCGAGGACCCUUUAAGGAUGUGGCCUCAGUGCGUGUGGCUGUGCAGGAUGCUCCAGAGCCACCGGCCUUCACCCAGGCUGCCUACCACCUGGCAGUGCCUGAGAACAAGGCUCCUGGGACCCUGGUGGGCCAAGUGUCAUCCACGGACCUGGACUCCCCAGCCAGCCCCAUCAGAUACUCCAUCCUCCCGCACUCGGACCUGGAGCGCUGCUUCUCCAUCGAGCCUGAAGACGGCACCAUCCGCACAGCAGUGCCCCUGGACCGAGAGGCUCGUGUCUGGCACAACCUCACAGUGCUGGCCACAGAGCUUGACAGCUCUGCACAGGCCUCCCGGGUGCAAGUGGCCAUCCAGACCCUGGAUGAGAAUGACAACGCUCCCCAGCUGGCUGAGCCCUAUGACACCUUUGUGUGCGAUUCUGCAGUCCCCGGCCAGCUGAUUCAGGUCAUCCGAGCCCUGGACAGAGAUGAAGUCGGCAACAAUAGCCAUGUCUCCUUUCAUGGCCCUCUGGGCCCGGAUGCCAACUUCACUGUCCGGGACAACCGAGAUGGCUCCGCCAGCCUGCUGCUGCCCUCUCGCCCCGCUCCACCCCGCCAGGCCCCCUACUUGGUUCCCAUAGAACUGUGGGACUGGGGGCAGCCAGUACUGAGCAGUACAGCCACAGUAACUGUCAGUGUGUGCCGCUGCCGGCCUGAUGGCUCCGUGGCGUCCUGCAGGCCCGAGGCUCAGCUCUCACCUGCUGGGCUCAGCACGGGGGCUCUGCUUGCCAUCGUCACCUGCGUGGGCACGCUGCUGGCCCUGGUGGUGCUCUUCGUGGCUCUGCGGCGCCAGAAGCAAGAAGCCCUGAUGGUGCUCGAAGAGGAGGACGUGCGCGAGAACAUCAUCACCUACGACGACGAGGGCGGCGGUGAGGAGGACACGGAGGCCUUCGACAUCAGCGCCCUGCAGAACCCUGACGGGGCGGCCCCGCCGGCGCCUGGCCCACCCGCGCGCCGCGAUGUGCUGCCCUGGGCGCGGGCACCGCGCCAGCCCCGGCCCCCCGGCCCCGCCGACGUGGCGCAGCUGCUGGCGCUGCGGCUGCGCGAGGCGGACGAGGACCCCAGCGUGCCGCCCUACGACUCCGUGCAAGUGUACGGCUACGAGGGCCGCGGCUCUUCCUGCGGCUCCCUCAGCUCCCUGGGCUCCGGCAGCGAGAUCGGCGGCGCCCCGGGCCCGGCUGAGCCGCUGGACGACUGGGGGCCGCUCUUUCGCACCCUAGCCGAGCUCUACGGGGCCAAGGAGCCCCCAGCCCCCUGA